UGAACUCAAAAUGACCGACUUGUCUUAGUUUUACCGUAUGCCUGCUCAUGCCUGAUAACAUUUGCUUUUCUACCUACCUACAUGUUCAGUAUCAGAAUCAAUUCCUCCUCUUAGUUUUGUGAAGUGUCCAGUUUUUGAGUAACCAUGGGGAGCUUACGAGCCAAGCGUGAAUCAAACCCUAGCUCUCCAGCUAAAUGUAAGGAAUCUCCCACAAAAUCCACUGCGAGGAAAGCAUCUACCAAACCGACAAGGCCUUCUUGCUCCUCCAAGGAGAAAACUUAUUUUGAUGCGAAAGUGAAGAAAGACCAAAGCAAACGUUUUGAAUAUUUGUUAAAACAGACUGAGAUUUUCUCUCACUUUAUGAUGAAGGAGGCCAAAGAUGAAACGAUCGGCAAAUUAGGAAGAAAAUCUGAGAACAGAGAGUCGUCGGCCCCAAGCUCACCCUCCAAAAACAUCGGUGACACUCGACAACGUAAAACAGAGCAGGAAGAAGAUGAAGAACUCCUUGCUCAGAGCAAUUCGGAAGUGAAGGUGAUGACAACUUUUGAUAAAUCACCAUCAUACAUCAAAAAUGGAGAGAUGAGGGAUUAUCAAGUCAGAGGACUUAAUUGGAUGAUCUCUCUUUUUGAGAACGGGAUCAAUGGCAUCUUGGCUGACGAGAUGGGCCUAGGCAAAACCCUUCAAACAAUAUCAUUAUUGGGUUACAUGAAGCAUUAUCGGAACAUUAAUGGUCCGCAUCUAGUAAUCGUUCCCAAGUCCACAUUGUCUAACUGGAUGAAUGAAUUUAAAAAGUGGUGUCCCUCUCUUAAAGCGAUUUGUUUAAUAGGAGAUCAAGAAACCAGGAGAGUUUUUAUCAAAGAUGUGUUGAUGCCUGGUAAGUGGAAUGCAUGUAUCACUUCUUAUGAAAUGGUACUCAGAGAGAAAUGUGCUUUGAAAAAGUUUAAUUGGCGAUAUGUGGUCAUUGAUGAAGCCCAUCGAAUUAAAAAUGAAAAUUCUAAGCUUUUUGAGUUUGUCAGAGAAUUUGAGUCUGCUAAUCGACUUCUCUUGACUGGCACCCCCUUACAAAACAAUCUUCAUGAACUGUGGUCCUUGUUAAAUUUUUUACUUCCGGACGUAUUUGGGUCUGCAGAAGAUUUUGACGCAUGGUUUAACCUCAACAGAUGUUUUGGAGAUGAUGCAUUAGUUGAAAGACUCCAUGCCAUUCUUCGUCCUUUUUUGAUGCGUCGUAUCAAGUCGGAAGUGGAGAAAAGUUUGCUCCCUAAGCUAGAAACCAAAGUGUACAUCGGAUUAAGUAAAAUGCAAAGAGAGUGGUACACCAAAAUUUUAUUGAAAGACAUUGAUAUAAUAAAUGGUGCUGGAACCAUGGAAAAAAUGAGACUUUUGAAUAUAUUGAUGCAUUUGCGUAAAUGUUGCAACCAUCCAUACCUAUUUGAUGGAGCCGAAGACGGUCCUCCGUUCACCACUGAUGAACACCUAAUAACAAAUUGUGGAAAAAUGGUCAUUCUUGACAAACUACUCUACAAACUUAAAGAACAAGACUCUAGAGUUUUGAUCUUUUGUCAGAUGACCCGUAUGAUGGAUAUCCUAGAAGAUUAUUUCUUUUUGCGAGGAUACAAAUAUUGCAGGUCGGAUGGCAGUACACCUCAUGAAGAUAGGCAGCAAGACAUAGGUGCCUUUAACGCACCUGGAAGUGACAAGUUUGUCUACAUACUGUCAACUCGAGCUGGUGGUCUUGGUAUCAACUUAGCCUCUGCAGAUGUUGUCAUCAUGUAUGACUCUGACUGGAACCCUCAGGUAGAUUUACAAGCCAUAGAUAGAGUUCAUCGUAUUGGUCAAAAGAAACAAGUGAGAGUUUUCCGAUUGAUUACUGAAAACACUGUUGAAGAGAAAAUAAUUGAAAGGGCAGAGGUCAAGCUACGGCUUGAUAAGCUAGUUAUUCAGCAAGGUCGUUUAGCUGGUCAAAAAAAGACAUUGAAAAAAGGCGAAAUGUUGAAAAUGAUCCAAUUUGGAGCUAAGCAUGUCAUAUCUUCCAAAGAUUCCGAAAUAACUGAUGAAGAUAUCGACACAAUUUUACAGAAAGGAGCCGCUAAAACAGAAAAAAUCAAAGAACAAAUGGAAGCUCUUGGAGAAUCGAACCUAAAAAACUUCACACCUGAUGCUCCCACAGAAUCAUUCUAUAUGUUUGAAGGCCAGGACUACAGAACCAAGCAAAAAUUAGUCAGUAUUGAAAACUGGAUUAAGCCACCUAGACGAGAAAGAAAAUCCAAUUAUUCUGAGCGAGAGCUAAUGCGCAUCAAGCGUAUUACGGAUCUAAAACACCUAAUGAACCUAAAGAACCCAAACAGCCUAAAUUUCCAAAGCCUGAAAAGAUUUUUGACUUUCAAUUUUUGCCAAAGCGUCUGUAUGAGCUUCAAGGAAAAGCAUUCCGAUGGUGGCAAAAAAGCCAUGAGCUACAAGCGUCUUUAGACGCAAGAUUAGGCGACAAAGCAACCAAAGCCCAGUAUGAAGAACAGUUAAAAAUUGAUGAAGCCCAACCACUUACGGAGGAUGAAAUCGAGGAAAAAGAAGAGCUUUCAACUCAAGGAUUCAUGAAUUGGAGCAAAAAGGAUUUCCGUCAGUUUGUUAAAGCAAAUGAAGUUUAUGGAAGAGAUAAUCUUGAUAAAAUUUGUAAGGCAGUUGAAGACAAAACACCAGACGAAGUCCUGAAAUAUUGCUCAGUGUUUUGGGACCGAUUUCAAGAGCUACGCAAUUGUAAUCGUAUUCAGUCAUAAAUUGAGCUCGGUGAGGCAUCAAUUGAGCGAUUGAAAGCAAUCAAGAGAACUCUAGAUAACAAGAUGAAGUCGUAUCAAGAUCCAUUCACAGAGCUGCAAAUCGUGUAUGGUAAGAAAAAGCCAAAAUCGAUACCCACUAGAGCCAUGGGUUUUACUGAAGAAGACGAUCGAUUUUUGAUUAGCACAUUGCAUAUGCUUCUCAACUCCGAAUUUUAUUCUGAUGUUUGGGAACAAUUAAAGGAGGCCACUGAAUCAGCACCUGGUUUCCAGCAUAGCCGCAUCUUCAAGAAAAGUUCACCUUCUGAUUUGAAGAAACGCUGUAAGCACUUGAUUACGAUGAUAAACAAAGAAUUGCAACCACCUAUUAAUGACAUAGAAAAGGCCAAGAAAUACCAAGAAAGGAUGGAGAUAAAAGAAAAAAGAGACAGGGAAAGGAAAGAAGAAAAAGAAAAAAGAGACAAGGAAAGGAAAGAAGAA